CGAUUUGUGCCGCCGGAAUUUUAUCGAAAUCGAAUGAAUUUGGAGAAGCUAAUUGACUGGACACAAGGCGACGCAACAUAACUACCAGAAAUAGAGCGAAGAACAGAAGAAUAAAUUACUGUUCAUCGCCAAUGUUCAAUGAGCUUUAUUAGUGCUUUUAUAUAUGCUCAUCCUCAUUCUGUUUCUCUCCCAGCAUUCCGAUCUACUUCAUCUUCUUCUUCUCUGCGUUAUCGCUCCUGUUCUUCUCCGAGCUCCUGCAAACUUGACCUUCAUUUGAUUCCUUCUGCGCUCUGCUUCUCUGGUUUAUCUGGAAAUAUGGAUUGUGGUGCUGGUUCAAGUUUGUAUCCAUUGCAUCGGUGCAAAACCAUUCACCUGGUCAGGCAUGCUCAGGGGAUCCACAAUGUGGAGGGAGAUAAGAACUACAAAGCAUACUUGAAUCCUGAUUUUUUUGAUGCACAUCUUACUCCACUAGGCUGGCAGCAGGUUGACAAUUUGCGUAAGCAUGUUCAUGCUUCCGGGCUCAUAAAGAGGAUUGAUCUAGUAAUUGCAUCUCCUUUAUUAAGGACUCUACAAACUGCUGUUGGGGUAUUUGGUGGUGAGGACUACGUAGAUAGAACGGAUGCAUUGCCGCUUAUGGUGGCAAAUGCAGGAAACAGUAACCGUCCAGCAAUUUCGAGUCUGAAUUGUCCACCGAUAGUUGCUGUUGAACUUUGUCGUGAACAUUUGGGAGUUCAUCCCUGUGACAAAAGAAGAAGCAUCAGCGAAUAUGAGUUUGCUUUCCCUGCAGUUGAUUUCUCACUGAUAGAUAGUAAUGAGGAUACGUCGUGGAAGGCCGACGUUAGGGAGACAAAGGAAGAACUUGCAAAAAGGGGUUUUGAAUUCAUGAAUUGGUUGUUGACUCGCAAGGAGAAGGAGAUAGCUGUAGUGACGCAUAGUGGAUUCUUGUUUCAUACUCUAAAUACGUAUUUUGGAAAUGACUGCCAUCCCGUCGUGAAGAAGGAAAUAUGCAAGCAUUUUGCCAAUUGUGAGCUUCGCUCCAUGGUCAUUGUGGACAGAAGCAUGACAGGUUCGCAUGCAUCAACAACUAACUAUCCAGGCAACAUGCCUUCUGGACGGGAUCUCCCUAGCGAUGUUGCUGAUGAGAAGAACGAACAGAGAUAAGGGUCUAGUUCUUCUUCUCCUCCUAUUAGGUUUACUUUAGGCCAUUGAGACGUUGAGUUUCUGAAUAGGCCUCAAGUACUCCAUUUAUGCUAUGAUAUUUUCAUCUUGAGCCGACAAAUCAGCUUUUUUUUUUUUUUAACAAGGAAAAAAUCAUGGUUAAUUUUGUGCUGGGACUAUUAUAGAUCUUUUCGUUGUUAAAACCAAAAAAAAAAAAAAAAUCCUUCCAUGUUUUGUGUUCUUGUUUAUAAAAAA